AUGUGUAGCACUCGAAUAUAUUAAUUUAAUUUAAUUUAUUUAUUUAAGUAUACAUUUUAAAAAUUAUAGGACUUAAGAAUAAAUUAGUGUUCAUUGCAUGUUGUAUAUUAAAUCAGUGCCUGAGUCUUAAUUCCUAUAGAAAAUGAAUAACAUAAGGUUGCCAGAAGAUUGUGCGAAACAGUGGGAGAUUCUUCUGCUACUGCUUUCCGCAGAAGAGAAGAAAAUUGACAGAACCAGUGAUAAUGAAGUUGACACAAUGAACUACUUCUAUAAAAAUGAAGGUUUAAGAAAAAUUCUACUACAAUGGCUACAUCAAAUGCAGCUAUCAUAUGCAAGGAAAAUGUCUGAUUGCGACACAGCUUUGAAAUGUGAUGAAGUUUCAUUACUUUGGAGGCAAAGGGGGAAUGACAAGUUCCGUGCUGACUGCUAUGAGGACAGUUACAAGUGUUACUCUAAAGGUGUGCUUUAUGCAGAUCAGAAUAAAUCUAUGUAUCCUCUGGCACUAGCAAAUAGAUCAGCCUCAUUACUUAAGAUGAAGAAAUUUAAGGAGUGUCUGGAAGACAUAGAGCAAGCUUUAGACUGUGGUUACCCUAAAGAAUUGCGUCACAAAUUAUUGGUGCGGAAGGCUGAUUGUCACCUUGAAUUAAAUCAGAACAAAGAAGCACGGGACGCCAUAACCGCCGCCAGAAAUCAUGCAGCGACUCUAAAGUUACCAGCUGUGCAUAUUGCGGAGUUUGAGCGCCACGUCAAGAAGUUAGAAGAAAAGUUGGAGAUUAACCGCGAGAUUCAGUCCGAGAAUGAUGUACUACCGGAGUGUUACCAUGGCUUGAACCCUGACUUCAAUGCUGCAUCUAACGCGAUACAAUUACGUCGGAACGACACGGUCGGACGACACGUGGUGGCAUGCGAGGCGACACGCCGCGGUGACGUGCUCUUCAGCGAGGAACCAUAUGCAUGGGUAGCCCUACAGACCGAUCCGCCUACCUGCGAGACUUGCUGCAAAAUGGAUAUCAAUAUAGUGCCUUGUAACGCCUGUUCGCGCAGCGUGUACUGCGGAAUGGAAUGCCGGACUCAAGCUAUGUCAUUCCACCGGUGGGAGUGCAUUGGCGCCCAGGCAGACCUCUUCAAUACCAUCGGCAUAGCGCAUUUAGCUUUAAGGGUGUUGCUAAUAACGGCCCACAAUGGAUUCCCGCUUUCGCCAAGAACUGAUCCCGCUCCAUCCAGUGCUGGAGACCUAUUCCGUAGCUACUCGUCUGUUGAUAAUGUACAAGUAUACAAGAAUGAUGCACACCCAUUCUACAGAAUGUUCAAUUUGGUCACCAACUUCGAUAAAAUGAACAACACUGAUUAUAUACAGUAUGCACUGACUGCAACAAUGUUAACGCUGUAUUUAGAGAAGUACACGAAAUUCUUCGAUUACCUACCGUCAAGAGUGCCACAUGCUCUGUCUGAUGGGCAACUGCGUCUGCUGUCAGCUGCUAUUAUACUACGAAGUCUUGGGCAGCUCGUCUGCAAUGGCCACGCUGCACUCAGUCUUGCGACUGUCGAAGAAGGCGAUGCUACCGGUCGUACAGUGAGUGAGAGAGAAGUCCGUCGCGCGACCGCUAUAUACCCGUCCGCCGCCAUGAUGAAUCAUUCGUGCGAUCCCAACAUUAUCAAUACGUUUUACAACUGCCGUCUAAUAAUCCGUUGCUCCCGCGAACUGCCAGCCGGCAGCGAAGUGUUCAACUGCUACGGUCCACACAAGGCGCGUGAACCGACUUCGCACCGCCGGGCGCAGCUACGAGCUCAGUACAUGUUUAACUGCACAUGUACAGCUUGUUGUGACACACAGCGCAGGGACUUCGUUCUACUAUUUACCGCCUACGCGUGUCAAUCUUGCAAGGGUCCAGUAGUAUUUAACGGGCGGCGAGCUCACUGUCAACAAUGCAACGCUGAUUUCCAACUGGACCGGGCACUGGCAACUAUAGAGCAAGCCGACGAGUUACUUUCACAAGCCGAACGAUGUUUAUCCAUAGAGCAGCGCUGUGAGAGAACACAAGUGGCAUUCCGAAUGAAGCAGCAGGUGUGGCAUAAACAUCACGUGUCAUUGCGUGCCACUGCCGACAAACUGGCGAGGCUGUACGCAGAUGUUGGUGAAUUCAAUAAAAGCGUGGAGUUGAUAAAACAUAACAUUCAGAGUUUGGAGUACCAGUUUGGUUCAUUCAGUGUUGAGGUGGCCCACGAAUUGAGAAAACUCUCUGAAGUGAUGCUGGAACGUAUCAUCCGAUCACCGCAGAAUCCAGAUUACAGGGAUUGGUGUUUAGAAGCUCACAAAAUAAUGAAAAAAGCUGUGCAACUAAUGGAAUUGAACUAUGGUUCUUGGGAGCCCCUUGUUAAGAGACUGAAGGAGCAAGAGAACCUGACAGCAGCCCUGUUAGCUGACAUCAGAGCACCAGAUGCCGCGCAAGGCGUACACCACGACUUGCACUAUAAUCUCAAAAUAUAGUAGCUGCGAUUAGCAGUAACACGGUUUUAUGCACUCUGCAAGAAAUCACUGCGUUUUUAGUUCUAUGAUAUUCACAACAUACAAAGACGUUAAUUCGAUUUAAAUCUCGAAUACAGAAUUGCAGCAAUAAAAUAAUUUAUAUGCAAUAAAAUAAUAAAAAGAAGUGUUCCUAUUUCAAAAAAAUAUAUUACAAAAAUGUGCCGCCUAUGACCGACAUUUUUAAAACUAUUAAAAAGUAUAUACACUUGCUGAAAAUUACAAUAAGCAAUAUAUUUUAUUCCAGACCCAAGAAUUGUAAUUUGUAGUGGGUUCUGGCAUAAAAUAUAUACGAAAUGUACCGGAACCGCGGUGGAUAUCAGAAAUUCUCGGACAAUACGUGUCCGAGGAGUUCCAAUACCCGCCAAGGCCUUAUGUCACUGCCAAUGUUUACUUCAUAUAUAGAUUUUAAUAAUGUAAAUAAAAGAUACCGUUAUACAUCAUAAAUUAUUAAUAUUAAUCACUGCAGUACAUAAAGUCGUUACAAAUAACUGUUAUGUCAAUUUUCUAAAUCAUUUAUUACAGUACAGUUGUGUGCAAUAUCAUAUAUAUGUAAUGAUGGUUAUUAUAUAAUUUUAAUUAGUUAUUAUAUUUAUAUAAUACCUAAGAUACCUAAGGUAUUAGAGUGCUCACAACGAUAACUUAAAUAACAAAUAAUUAAUUACGUAAUAAAGACAACUCUGUUGAUUUUCCUCAAAAAUAAUCUAUUCGAAUUACUAAUGCUGCAGAGUUUGCUUAUUAUUUGCCAUAGCUAUAUCGACAUAAAUUCUAAACGAAGUAUUUUAAACAACCAUAUUAUUUAUGCCACUGCCAUAUAAAAUUUACAGAAUAAGCUAUAGUAAUAGUAAUAAUAAUAAUUACGUUUGUCGUUUAAGAUUUUUCGAACCAUUGUCAUAUGAAAACAAUAUAACACCAAUGUAAAAUUCACAAUGAUUUAGCAAAUUAUUGUUCAGAAUUUGUGUAUUUCGUAUAUCCCUAUAAUACUUAUUAGAUACUUCUAUAAGAGUAUUCACUGAUAACGUAAGGCCUUUAAUUAAGAAUAAUUAUUGUGAAUUAACAUAAGUAGGAUUUUUAAACCACAUGAUGUAUUUACUAUACGAAAAAAUAUUAAAUCAUUAAUUUUAAUAUUUCUCUAAAGUCAUCGACUAUUAGGUUAGCUAGGUUAAUUGUAAUAUAAUUUUACAUAUUUACUUGAAACCAUUUACAUUUUUAUUUAUUAUACAUUUAUUAAUGAUUUUAG